AUGGCAUCCCCAACUUCGACUGUGAACACUGGCACCCCAUCUAGCACGUAAUUACCUCCCCCCAUCCUUUCCUCACAUUCUAGGCAAUCCCUCAACUAACCAGCCUCCUUUCUCCUCUAGAGUCUACGUAUACUCCUCACCACUCACUCCCCUUAUCCCACGUACCCCACUGCUAACAAGCACAGAUCCGCAACCUCGAAGAAUCCGUAAAGAUCCCAUUGCUCAAGCAGUCCCUGACAGCCAUCUUCUCUCAAUAUGGAACCAUAAUCGACCUCGUCGCGAAGAAGAAUCUGAAAGCCAAAGGACAAGCAUUUGUCGUCUUCGACAGCCCCCAAGCGGCCGAGCAGGCCAUCAAAGAAGUCCAAGCAUUCCCCCUCUUCGAUAAACCUAUGGUUCUAGCUUUUGCAAAGACCCGAAGCGAUGCGACCGUCAAGCGAGAGGCCGGCGAGGAUAGCCAGGAGUUCGAAGCCCACAAGCGCCGGAGACUUGCAGAGAGGGGUCCGUCCUCGCACCUGCCCUUCUGACCGCUUGUUUUGGGGUUAUGCAACGCUAAUACUCGACGUAUACAAAUACAGAACGGAAGCAAGCACUAGCAGCUCUGGAAUCCCAGCGUCAUGCGUCUACCGCGGCAGCUCCCCAAGCGGAUGCUGCGAAGGCUACCAAGAAGUCUGGCGGUCUCAAGUCUACAGCACCCGCGGCGGCUCCACAAAUUCCCGACGAGUAUCUUCCACCCAAUAGCACGUUGUUUUUACAAAACCUACCCGACGAGACGGAUUCGGAUACCCUCACUUCGCUGUUUGGACGCUUCGAUGGGUUCAAGGAGGUCCGCAUGGUGCCGGGAAGGAAGGGGAUUGCGUUUGUGGAGUUUGAACAACUGGAAGGCGCCAUUGGGGCAAAGGAGGGAAUUGGGGGAAUGACCUUAGGGGACAAGGUCGUGAAGGUUACGUAUCAAAGGCAAUAG